AUGGCGAUGACAAUGGAGAUGGAGGAGGAGAUGGCGGCGUCCGACGGAUUCCAGAAGGCAUUCGAUGAGUUGGAGGCGCAGAAAACCAUAAUCGACAACUGCACGCGGGUCUGGAAGAGCCUCUCCGACCACUACGCCUCCCUCGAGCGAUCCCUGGCCAAGCGCACGGAGGCCCUCGAAUCCAAGGUCCGGGACCUCGACUCGAAGGCUGCUCAGUCGCUUGAGGCCUUGUCGGAGCGGGAGUCCGCCAUCCCCGACCGCGAGUCGGCGGCGGUCGCGCUCAUCGAGCAGCGCCGGGAUGCCGCCAUCUCGGAGAUGGAGUCCCCUCCUUCCGAGCCCUCCGCUGGGAUCUCGUUCGACCUUCCUGGGGCUCUGCGCGGGUACUGCCGGAGGAUGGACUCCGUCGGGUUGUGGCAGUUCAUGGUCGCCCGGCGUAAGGAUCUGGGAUUGCUGAGAAGGGAGAUAUCCGACGCGGUCGCGGAAUCAGUGGACCCCGCUCGUCUGGUCCUGGAUGCUGUGGAGGAUUUUGUGGAGCAUCAGGACGAGGGCGCUGGUAUUGCUGACAGAUGCUGGGCUUGCGCGAUGUUACUAAGGACAAUUUUCGAUGGAGAUGGGACGAAGGAUCCCGAGAUUCCUAGGAGCAUCAAGGAGAAGGCAGAAGCCGUGGCGAAAUCCUGGAAGAAGAAGGUGGAAGAAAGGAUGGAAGGUGUGCCGACGGGAGGUGCGGAAGCCCAAAUGUUUCUGCAGCUGAUCGGGGCAUUCGGCGUCCAGGCCGCCAUAGAGGAGGAUUUCGUGAAGAAACUGAUCAUAGACUUCGCAUCGAGGAAAGAGAUUCCCAAGUUGGCUGCUAGACUUCGAUUGGGGGAGAAGCUCAUAGGUAAGUAAAAUGUGAUCGUAAUCCAUUUAUAGAGUAUAUUUCGAUGGUGGGCAUGCGGUCAUAAUUCUUUUUGUAUGGGAAGUGAAUCCUUUUUUUAUUAGGAGCAAGCAUACCAAUAGUGGCCAGAAAAAUGAGUAUAGAUUGAUGGCUGUGCAAUCAAUAUAAUUUCGUCGAGUGCUUUGGAUUUCUGAACCCUGAUCUUCAUUAUGUUUCUUAUCUCACAACAUCCAUUCUCAAAAGAGCCACCUUUCUGAGUUUCGACUGAAACUCUCUCAGUUGUCCUCACACAACAUUCUACUCGGUUAAAAGACAACGGAUAGAAACAGGAAAUGGCAUAAUCAGAUCAGAAUAGAUGCACGGUCUGCUUUCAGUAACGUAAAGGAUGUAACGGUCCAAACAGCACUGAGCUGUUACCAGUCGAAAAUGAUGAUGCUCACAGCAGUACUGAUUAAUAGGGCUAUUCUCUUCUUGUUCUAUGUUUAUUUUGAGAGGACCAUCUUCACCUGGCCUUUCCAAGCAAGAAGGAAGAUGGGAAGUCAGAGAGGAUCACUGGCUCCUCGUUUCUGCCUCUUUCUUCCUGUCUAUUAUAAAGUGAUCCCUCGUUAUAUAGUUUACCUGCAAUCAUAGUCUCACUGGCGUCAUGUUUGGCUAAUUUUUAUAAAAUCUCUGAAAGAUAUAGAAACCAAAGUGUUCUUGAAAAGAUGAAUAGUUGAUAAGACCGGGGAUAAAGUAGAAAAGCAAUAGGUAUCACUAGAUGUUCUUGCUAAUAUAUACGGGAAUGAUCUUUGGAAUGUUCAUAUUUCUAUUACAUGUCUUCCAGGACGUAUGUCUUGAUUUGUCUUGAACUUUAUCCUGAAGAUUUAAUAUUUUUUUGAUCACUGGCAAUGUAAACGUUUGGGAUAUAUUGAAAUUAUAUUAUUUAACGUUUGUCUUGAUCAAUUCACCAGAAGAAUCGUCAUAUUGCUACCAAGUUACUAAGGAUAGGACAUUCUUUUAAUUUUCGGAUUUGUUUGAUAAUUUAAGGAGUUUCAUGGUUUAAUUUGUGUGAUCAGUCUGAAACAGCCACGUAGCUCUUAGUUACUUGUGUCUCAAUGAAAUUGGAUCCCUGUUAGUAUCGUUCAACAAUCUCUCGACCUUGGAUUCCGGUUUUUAUUGCUAGCGCAAAAGGGUUACUGUGUACGAUUCUCCAUGGAAUAAAGUAUCUCAUUAUAUUAGUUCUUCAUCAUUCACCGAGGCUGAUUUAGUUGAUUGCAGUGACGUCGUACGCACUUACUUCGACAACGUUCUGGCCCAUUAAUGCUAUUUUUAGUAGCUAUUCACAAGUUUGCUGACACCACUCUCUGAUCAGCAUUAGUUUUCUGAAUAUCUUCAUCCUUUUAGUCGGGAAAGUUCUUGACCAAAUAGCCGGAAUACAUCUUUGCAGAUAUAAUUGAUGAGCUGGUCAAGACUGGGAAAGAGAUCGAGGCAGUUUGCAUUGCGCAUGAAGCUGGCUUGACUGAUGAUUUUUCACCCAUUUCUCUUCUCAAGUCUUAUCUUCAAAACUCAAGGAGAAAUGCAAACACCAUAUUGAAGAAUGGCAACCACUCUCUUUCUGCUACAGUGAGUUGCCUCCAGAUUUCUAUGCUAUCCACGCUGAAUUUUUUAUAAUCAUGUACUUUGCUGGACAUGUGCAUGCACAAUAUUAUCUACUCGUGUGUUGGGGUAGGGCAUCCAUUUGGUACACAAUACAGUAAAAUUUUCUGAGUCCCAAUCAGCUGAGUUGGGACAUGGAUCUUCUAUCCCCGGUCUAGUAUGAUUUGUUUCUUCCCGCAGCCUCUUUUUUGUCCUGCUUCUGGCAAAUCUUGACUCAUCGUGCAACGGGUGACUAUUUUCACUGUCAUGUUGUGCCAUAUAUUAUGUUCUCUUAUGAAACACAAACCACUUGGUUAGUUUUCUGUCACAGUUUUUCCGUUGCUGCUGCUUUCAGCAUUCCUUUUGAAUCUUCACGAAGCUGUUGGAUCCUUCUGGGCAUGCACUUGCAUGAGUCGUGAAGUCUUUUUCCCCUUUCUUCUGGAAGUAGAUAUAGUGCAACAGAUCUAUUACUUAUCCGAGGUAUCAUUCAUGCAUCUAUCUUGCAGCUUUACAAUCUAAUGCCGUCUUUGAUUUUCGUCUACUGUUCUUCAAGGCAGCACAAAUGAUUUGCUUAUUGGAUUAAGGCGACUAACCACCGCAUUUAUCUCACGAUUCCAUCUUUUGAGACUAUAACAACCCUAUUCUGCAGAUUCCACAGCUGAAGAACACGAAUUAGUUUGGUCAAAGUAAAAGCAAAAUUGUUGACCCACCCGGCUUUUCCAUGUUGACUGUGAUGGAACUCGCCAUGAAAGUCAAUGCCAAAGUUUUAAAAUUUUAUGGAAUUUCCUAUUAUCCUGAUUUACGAGCAUCUUCUGUGCAUCUAAUAAGCCAUUGAAGGACUGAUAUUGGCUCGGGCACAAUGGUUUCUCCCAGGAAUUGGCACUAAAUAUCAUGCGGGAAUAAUUGACUCCGUUUUUUUUCCUUAUUUUCAGGAAGAGUCGAGUAAUUUGGAAUUGAACGCGCUCAGAUCAAUCAUCAAGUGCGUGGAGUCCCUCAAACUGGAGCAGGAGUUUGCGCUCGAGAGUCCGAGGAAGCGGGUGCAGAUGCUGGAGAAGGCCAAGGCGGAGAGGAAGAAGGUCGCCGCCGUCAAGCCGUACAACAAACGGCCGCGAAUUGCAGGCCAGUCAACCUUCUUCCGGCCCACCAAAACAACCAGAACCCCCACCUCCCCUUACCCGUCCUCUCGGCGGCAGCUGCCGCCGAUGGAUCAGUACAUCCCCCCGCCGACCCGCCACGCAUUCAUGAAUCCGAGCCAAGGAGCCUACAAAGUCCCCGGGUCUUCACCCUACGGUGGGGCUUACAACAGGAGCCCUCCAUCGUCUCAGCAGCCUUACUACGUCCCGGAGGAGGUCGCCGGACCUGGAAGCAGCAUGGCCUACGGAGUGCCGCCGGCGGUCAGUUACAGUGGAUAUGAAUACUCCAGCGGCCCUUCUGGUGGCCCUGCUCAGCCGGCAUACCCUUCCCAGAUGUAA